AUGCGCUCCCAAUCGCUCCUCGUCGCCGCCCUGGCUGCUACCGUCUCUGCCCACGGCACGCUGAUGUCCGUCGAGGGCGCCAACGGCGUCACCAUGCCCGGUCUCACCAUCGCUGAUGGAACCCCCCGUGACUGCUCCUCCAACGGCUGCGGCUCUCAGGCCGACACUGCCAUCAUCCGUGACCGCGAGAUCGCCUCCGGUGAGGUUGGCCCUCUUGGCCGCACUCAGGGCAACGGCCCCGUUGACGCCUCCGUGAUGGUCAACAACUUCAUGGGUGGUGCUGCCGCCCCCAAGAACAACGGCGCCGCAUCUGGCACUGGUGUCGAGGACAACAUCCCCAACAUGAAGCGCGCCGAGCUCUACGCUCGCCAGGGUCUCGCCGGCCUCUUCGGUGGCGGUGGCAAGAACAAGGGCAACAAGCAGAGCGGUCCCCCCGAGGCCCGCGUCGCCGCCACUGCCGGCAUGGGUGCCUCCCAGGGCAUGCCCACCGCCGCCGAUGAUGGCACCAUUUCCAUGACCUUCCGCCAGAUCAACCAGGAUGGCGCCGGUCCUAUGACCGCCGAUGUCGACGGCACCUCCGGCGGCACCAAGGAGGAGGCAUUCCAGAGCGCUCAAGUCACCACUGACGUCCCGGGCCUCGGCGUCCAGGGUCUGUCCCUUGCCACCAACACCGACUUCCCCAUCAAGGUCCAGAUGCCCGCUGGCAUGACCUGCGACGGCACGGUCGGCAUGGCCUCCAACGUCUGCGUCGUCCGUGUCCGCAACGGUGCUGGUGCCGGCCCCUUCGGUGGCUCUGCUGCCUUCACCCAGUCCGCCGCCGGCCGCAAGCGCGCCAUUGCCUACCGUCUCAAGAAGCGCAUGGAGCUCAACAACCGCGCAUAA